GUUCGAUUGGUGAGUUAAUACAUCUGCGUUAUCUCAAUUUUUCCUACUCUAGGAUACGAAGUCUACCUAAUUCAGUGGGUCAUCUUUAUAAUUUACAAACGUUGAUAUUACGUCGUUGUUAUGCACUUACCGAAUUGCCUAUAGGGAUUGGAAACCUGAAAAACCUUCGGCACCUUGAUAUUACGGGUACAAGUCGACUAGAAGAAAUGCCUUUCCAAUUAAGCAACCUCACAAAUUUGCAAGUGUUGACUAGGUUCAUUGUGAGCAAAAGUAGAGGGGUUGGAAUUGAAGAACUCAAGAAUUGUUCGAACCUCCAAGGAGUGCUUUCUAUUUCUGGGUUGCAAGAGGUAGUGGAUGUUGGAGAGGCAAGAGCUGCUAAUUUAAAAGAUAAAAAAAAAAUUGAAGAGUUGACCAUGGAGUGGAGUGAUGAUUGUUGGGAUGCACGAAACGAUAAACGUGAAUCACGUGUCUUGGAGUCCCUGCAGCCUCGUGAAAAUUUAAGAAGGCUCACAAUUGCAUUUUAUGGUGGAUCCAAAUUUCCAAGUUGGUUAGGAGAUCCCUCAUUCUCAGUAAUGGUGGAACUAACUCUCAGAGAUUGCAAAAAAUGCAUGUUAUUACCAAAUCUGGGUGGACUAUCGGUGCUCAAAGUUUUGUGUAUCGAAGGUAUGAGCCAAGUUAAAAGCAUAGGUGCUGAAUUUUAUGGAGAGAGUAUGAAUCCUUUUGCAUCUUUGAAGGUGUUGAGGUUUGAGGAUAUGCCAGAAUGGGAAAAUUGGUCUCAUUCUAAUUUCAUCAAGGAAGAUGUGGGAACAUUUCCCCAUCUUGAAAAGUUUUUUAUGAGGAAAUGUCCAAAACUGAUUGGGGAAUUGCCGAAAUGCCUGCAGUCCCUAGUAGAGCUUGUAGUGUUAAAAUGUCCGGGAUUGAUGUGUGGGCUUCCAAAACUUGCAUCUCUCCGUGAAUUAAAUUUCACAGAAUGUGAUGAGGUAGUGUUGAGAGGUGCUCAAUUUGAUCUUCCAUCCCUCGUUACUGUAAAUCUCAUCCAGAUUUCAAGAUUGACAUGUUUGAGGACCGGAUUUACUAGAUCCUUGGUAGCCUUGCAAGAAUUGGUGAUAAAGGAUUGUGAUGGGCUGACAUGUUUGUGGGAGGAGCAAUGGCUGCCUUGCAAUCUUAAAAAAUUGGAAAUACGUGAUUGUGCUAAUCUGGAGAAGCUGUCGAAUGGAUUGCAAACUCUCACACGUCUUGAAGAGCUGGAGAUACGGAGUUGCCCCAAACUAGAGUCAUUUCCUGAUUCGGGUUUCCCACCAGUGCUAAGACGCCUUGAGUUGUUCUAUUGUAGGGGUCUAAAAUCGCUGCCUCAUAACUACAACACGUGUCCGCUUGAAGUCUUGGCGAUUCAGUGUUCUCCAUUUCUCAAAUGCUUCCCAAAUGGUGAGCUACCCACCACACUCAAGAAGCUUUAUAUUUGGGAUUGUCAAAGUCUUGAGUCUCUACCAGAGGGGCUGAUGCACCACAAUUCCACCUCCAGCAGCAACACUUGUUGUCUUGAAGAAUUGACGAUAGAGAAUUGUUCCUCUCUCAAUUCCUUUCCAACAGGGGAGUUACCCUCCACUCUCAAGCGCCUUAUUAUUGUUGGAUGCACAAACUUGGAGUCAGUGUCAGAGAAAAUGUCACCCAACAGUACAGCCCUAGAGUAUUUACGACUUGAGGGGUAUCCAAAUCUGAAAAGCCUAAAAGGAUGCCUUGACAGCCUUCGGAAGCUCGACAUAAACGAUUGUGGAGGUCUGGAGUGCUUUCCAGAAAGAGGCUUGUCCAUCCCUAACCUCGAAUUCCUUGAAAUUGAGGGAUGUGAGAAUCUUAAAUCUCUAACACAUCAAAUGAGAAACCUCAAAUCUCUGCGCAGCCUGACCAUAUCCCAAUGCCCAGGAUUGGAGUCCUUUCCGGAAGAGGGUUUGGCCCCUAACCUAACAUCACUUGAGAUCGAUAACUGUAAGAAUCUGAAAACGCCCAUAUCUGAGUGGGGCCUCGACACCCUCACCUCUCUUUCUGAAUUGACUAUUAGGAACAUAUUUCCAAAUAUGGUUUCCGUCUCCGAUGAAGAGUGUCUUCUUCCCAUUUCUCUCACCUCCCUUACAAUCAAAGGAAUGGAAUCCCUAGAAUCCCUAGAAUCCUUGGAUCUCGACAAACUCAUCUCUCUUCGAUCCCUAGAUAUCUCAAAUUGCCCUAACCUCCGGUCCUUAGGGCUACUGCCUGCAACACUUGCAAAACUUGACAUAUUUGGUUGUCCUACCAUGAAAGAAAGAUUCUCAAAGGAUGGAGGAGAAUGUUGGUCUAACGUCGCCCACAUCCGCAGCGUACGUAUAGGAGAUGUCUUUACUGGAUUGAAUCUUAGAUCACUCUUCCUUCCUUAAUUUCAACAAGUAUCAAGGUUGAUCCUUGAUUGUUCAGGUGUUCUUUAAUUUCUGGAAGGGGGUUUGGCCCCAUUGUUUAGUUUGGGUUCAAUUGUGGGAAGCUUGAGACGCCUCUCUAUGAGUGGCACUGGUGCACCAAGCCUUUACGGAUAAAAAAUUCAUUCUACUUGUUCCUCUAACUUCAGGAAGAGCUGAAUGCAACAGCUAGUGCUUGAAAUCCAGAAUUCUCUUGUUGUGAGACAAAAUUGCUUAAAGAAGAAAGGAGAAAGUUUGGAUCAGCAUUGCCUACAUCUCCAACAUUCAGCAACAUGACCUCAUUGGAAAUAUGAAUUUAUAUUGAAUUGUGUUAUUCCUACUCUAGAAGUUGAGAGAUAGAUCAUUCUUUCCUUCAGCUAGGAGGGAGAAAAAUAAUGCAGUGGCAAACUAAUUUCCUAACAAAAGUAUGACAGUGGUAGGUGGUGGAAGCUUGAUGGAUUUGCCAUACAAUGACGUUUUUGCUAGUUGAUGGCAUAAAAAUGAAAGGAAUUUUGACGCUUAUGGCUCUCCAAGAAGAACUGAACUUAAGGACGUCAAUGUUGUGCUUUUACAAUUGUAGUGGCUCAAGCAAAAUCAACCGUCUUUGGUUUCGGUGCUUAGUGUAGAAUGUAAGAAAUGUGAAGUUUGUUUUCUCCUUAGACAUAAGCAGCAGAUGUUUUUGCAGGAUUUGGUUUUCUAGUAUGGUGAUUUGAACAUUUUUAUUUCCUUACAAGUUGUAAUACCUCAAGCUUUUUUUCCUUUCUUUUUAAAAAGAAAUUUGUGAGAAUAUUGUAAUUUCCUUUUUACCAUAGUGGAUUAUUUC